AUGUCAAUCCCGGUCAACUUGAAAGAUCUCACCACCGAAAACAUCACCGAGAAUGUGCACGCUAUCAAUUCCCAAUGCUCCAAUCCUCGCUUGAAAUAUAUCCUAGAGCGGGCUGUAACACAUUUGCACGAACUUGCGAGGGAAGUCAGGCUCACAACAGAUGAGUGGAUGGCAGCUAUCCUCUUCUUAACUAGAGUUGGCCAGAUCUCCUCAGAAACCAGACAGGAAUUCAUCUUACUCUCAGAUAUACUAGGUCUUUCUCUCCUAGUAGACUCAAUCGACCACCCUAAACCCCAAGGAAGCACUGAAGGCACCGUACUUGGCCCAUUUCACACACACGAAGCCAAGAAUCAGGACCAAGGUAGUCUUAUAUCACACGAUCCGGACGGAGAACCGCUCCUUGUUCUAUGUACCGUGAAAGAUGUUCAAGGUAACCCUAUUUCAGGAGCGCAGAUCGAUGUGUGGGAGACAGAUUCAAAAGGCUUCUACGAUGUUCAACACGAAGAUAGGGCGGGCCCGGAUGGCAGGGCUGUCCUAACAAGUGAUAAGAAUGGUAAUUUCUGGUUCAAAGCUAUCGUUCCUGUUCCCUAUCCAAUUCCACACGACGGACCUGUUGGAAACCUUUUAAAAUUGUUGAAUCGUCAUCCGUACCGACCGAGCCAUAUGCAUUUUAUGUUCAAGAAAGAGGGAUACGAUCCCCUCAUAACUGCUUUGUAUCUGAAGAACGAUCCAUACGAAUCGACAGACGCAGUGUUUGGUGUAAAGGAGUCUUUAUUGGUUGCGCUCCAGAGAGUUAAGGAUGAAAGGCAAGCCAAGACUUACGAGGUCGAAUUGGGGUCUGCGUUCAUCUCUUACAACUUCGUUCUGGUCAACAAUGAAGCUGCAGCGGAGUUACGCAGGCGGAAAGCAGAAGAGGCAAUAGCUGGCCUGAAAGGCAAGUUCAAGCUCACCGAAAAUCUGCCGGUUCCAGAUGUAGAUUAG